CUAUGUGCACCGGAAGACUUAUAGUGUUCCCGGUUGGCGGGUUGCGAUUCCCUGCUGGUGGCAGCUUCGUGUGAAGUAUUGCAGUCAGAUCAGGUGUGUAUAGGAGUAUAGCCAUGGGCUAUAAGUUGAGAGACCUCUGGGGAUUGGUGUGUCGGCAAAUAGUUCGGCAUCCGAUGGCCUUGUUGCCAUCCUAUGCAGGCCUAUACUAUACGGCUUCUUGGAAGUGAUUUACGGAAGCCAACGAAGGGAUUCCACUACGAUAACUUUCCAAGUUACUGGGGUACUCAUUGCUAUAUGCCAAUGAUGUUCUGGGAUUUAUCUUUUUUUCUUUUUCUUUUUUCCUUUCUUCGUCUUGCAUGUCUUUUGCGUUGCCAUCUCUACCCAUGGGGAAUCGAACCGGAGGAAGAGGGGAGUUCUGAUGGACAGCGACGGGUGGAAGAGGCCAUAGCGAGUGGUAUAGGAGACACGUUGCACAGUACGGGGGUGAGUUGUCGGGAUGACAUUGAGAUGAUAUGAGGGGAAGUGUUCUAGGGCGACUUGUUUUACGCAUUUUGACGGGGAUGAAUGACAUCAAUAUAAUCGAGCUUGAUGCCUCUUGUAGACAGGACUCAGU